UUAAUAAUUAAUAUCAACAGCUGUAUUAUAUUCUCUUUUAAUAAUGAAUUAUUUAAUGAAAGCCUUCUUUACUUAUAUACUCGUCAUAUUGCUUAUACACAAUAUCGUUGCAAGACCAGAUUUUUGUUCCGAUCCUCCUGUCACUGGAAUGUGUAGAGCACUCUUUAUAAGAUAUUAUUACGACAGUGGGGUUUGUAAAACGUUCGCUUAUGGAGGUUGUCGAGGGAACAGCAAUAAUUUUCAAACUCAGGAAGAGUGCAUGAAAACCUGUGAAAAUUCCAUACUUGACAUUAUUAACCGGCCAUAUGAUUGUUAUUUGCAAGCGGAUAUUGGAUUGUGUCGUGGGUAUAUUAUCCGAGUAGGCGCCUAUUACUCUUUCGCUUGUUAUCUAGGGAAAAUGAAGGUUUUACUGAGAUUAUCUUUUAUUUAUGUAAUAUUUUCACUUCUUUUUCACAUUAAUGAUGGAUAUUCCAUGAUUGACAACGACCGACCAUCUGAUUGUUAUUUGCAAGCAGAUCCUGGGUUGUGCCUUGCGUAUAAUGUCAGGUAUUACUUUGAUAUCAAGGAGAAUUCGUGUAAGGAAUUCAUUUAUGGAGGGUGCGGAGGGAAUGGCAAUCGUUUCUACACUAUGUCGGAGUGUAAGGAGGCUUGCAACGUUAACUGAUGCAAAACCAUUUUGUUUAUUACCUUAAUAAUUACGAAGAAAAAUAAAGAAUAAUGUGACAAAUAA